CAUCUUCUGAAAUCAACAAUGGGUCCCAUGUCGCUAGAUAUAGAUAUAAGAGCAGUUUACAGAGUUCUUAAGGCGCAGUGUGCCCCUUGCAUUUAAAGCUUGUCUGGCAGGCCACAAUGUGUAUCAAUGAGUAUCAAUGAGUUCUUCUUAACAAGAUGAGGAACUGUAACUCCCUGUAAUGGUUCCAAUAUACAAAAUUGCUUUAACACUUUGCUUCCUCUCUAGAUCAGCCAUGGCAUUUGGUGGACUCCUGAGUGAGGCUGACAUUUCUGCUGCUCUACAGGAAUGCCAAGCUGCUGACUCCUUCAACUACAAAUCCUUCUUUGCCAGGUCUGGCCUGAGCAAAAAGUCCGCAGAUGAUGUGAAGAACGUCUUUGCCAUUCUUGACCAGGACAGGAGCGGCUUCAUUGAGGAAGAUGAACUGAAACUGUUCCUCCAGAACUUCAGCGCAAGUGCCAGGGCUUUAACUGAUGCUGAGACCAAGGCCUUCCUGGGUGCUGGUGACUCUGAUGGUGAUGGCAAAAUUGGAGUUGAAGAAUUCCAGUCUUUGGUGAAACAGUAAAACUGUUGCAACUUUUUUUGGCAAGCUUUCUUCAAACAUCAAGUUCCAUAAUUGUGGCUUUUCUUAGUUAAAUUGAAACCUAAUGUAGUGGAACACAGACACCUGUUUAGACUUUCUCAUACUGCGGACAAAUGCUGAUUUCCUUAUCUGCAAGCAAUCCAAGGCAUUUACCAUGCAAAGAGGAAGGUUUUGUUUUUUUCAGUCGGUACUUUCUGAAGCCACCAAUUGGUGCCAGCAAUUUAUCUAAGAGUUGUCUAAUUAACCCUGUCUAUUUAUGAAUCAUUAUUUUUUUAUAUUGAUACGUCAUUGACUGUGACUUUUGUAAAUCUACAAAUGUUUGAUUUUCGUUUUGAUGUCUUAUAGGUUGAGGCAGAAAGCAUAAAGUAACUCAAUGCUAUCAAUAAAGAAUUUUAAAAUCA